UAUUAGGGCUAAAGGAAGAGAAGUCGCAUAAACAAUAUAGUUAUAAUUUGAUAGUUCGAUAAAAGAAGAAAAAAAAAAGCUAUUUGAAUCCUUUUUCCGAUUUCAGAUUUUGGUUAUAGCGAGUAACACUAACAAUGACCGAUACUGAAGACUCGACGCGACGCCGUAAUGCGGUCACGGAGUACCGUAAGAAGCUUCUUCAACAUAAGGAAUUGGAAUCCAGGGUGCGAUCAGUCCGAGAGAAUUUACGUGCUUCGAGAAAAGAGUUUAACAAAACAGAAGAUGAUUUGAAGUCUCUUCAAAGCGUUGGACAGAUCAUUGGCGAGGUUCUCAGGCCUCUCGACAAUGAACGCUUGAUCGUUAAGGCAAGCAGUGGACCUAGGUAUGUGGUCGGUUGCCGCAGUAAAGUAGAUAAGGAAAAACUGACUGCUGGUACCAGAGUGGUUCUUGAUAUGACAACACUAACCAUAAUGCGAGCUCUUCCACGUGAGGUUGAUCCGGUAGUUUACAAUAUGCUGCAUGAGGAUCCCGGUAAUAUCAGUUACUCCGCUGUUGGUGGUUUAUCUGAUCAAAUAAGAGAAUUGAGGGAAUCAAUUGAACUACCUCUGAUGAACCCUGAGCUCUUCCUUAGAGUCGGAAUUAAACCUCCUAAGGGUGUUCUCCUUUAUGGGCCUCCUGGUACUGGUAAAACAUUGUUAGCUAGGGCAAUUGCUAGUAACAUAGAUGCUAACUUCUUGAAGGUUGUUUCUAGUGCAAUAAUUGAUAAGUACAUUGGAGAAAGUGCCAGGUUAAUUAGAGAAAUGUUUGGUUAUGCACGUGAUCAUCAGCCUUGCAUUAUUUUUAUGGAUGAGAUCGAUGCCAUUGGUGGUCGUCGUUUCAGUGAAGGAACAAGUGCUGAUCGUGAGAUUCAGAGAACACUAAUGGAGUUGCUUAAUCAACUUGAUGGGUUUGAUCAACUUGGGAAGGUUAAAAUGAUAAUGGCAACAAACCGUCCCGAUGUACUGGAUCCUGCUCUUCUGCGUCCUGGAAGAUUGGAUAGAAAAAUUGAGAUUCCACUGCCAAAUGAACAAUCUAGGAUGGAAAUUCUGAAGAUUCAUGCUGCUGGGAUAGCUAAGCAUGGUGAAAUAGAUUAUGAAGCCGUUGUGAAGCUUGCCGAGGGCUUCAAUGGAGCUGAUCUUCGAAAUGUGUGCACGGAAGCUGGAAUGGCAGCAAUUCGUGCAGAACGUGAUUAUGUGAUCCAUGAAGAUUUUAUGAAGGCUGUUAGAAAACUGAAUGAUGCAAAGAAACUUGAAUCCAGUGCUCCCUACAGUGCUGACUUUGGCAAAGAGUAGAGCUAUUAUAAAAUUCUUAGUCAUGGAUAUCUAGGCAGUACAUGAGUCAAAUUCUUCGUUCAAUUAGGUUUUGGAUUGAAUUAUUUUUUGUUUUCUUUUAAGAUCAUGCUCUAGAUUAUUUAUACCACUGAUCUUUGAAUUGGUUCGUCUCCCCAUUUAUUGUUGAAGAUCCUUAUUCAGUGAAAUUCCUUUCCAAUCUUGAUCAAUAAAUCUGAUUUUAUGCUGUUA